AUGACUUGCCACCAGACCGACAGCGUCAUCAAGAAAAUAAUUCGAGAAAUCGGACAAGAAUGCUCCGCCCAGGGACAAAGCGUCUCUGAAACCUUGGUGGCAUUCGUGGUGAAAGCUGUUGGUUUAGAUCCAAGAAAUGCCUUCAGUGUGGAUCAAAUCCUUACCAAAGAAGAUAUGCAAAAUCUUGUUCAGCUCUGUGUUUCCAGGCUGCUUGACACAACAAACCCGUCCCUGAGCACAAUUAAGAUGCAAGUUUACUUUGAUACAAACUAUGCAAACCGAGGUGAAUUGCUCGGUGAGCAGCAGCGUGUUCUGGAGGGGAGGCUGGCUCCUGUGGUCAGAGACAUCACCGAUAGUCGGCCUCGCCUGCAGGAGGAGAUGCAGCACGUGUAUCAGAAGAUCAUUAGCUACGUGCUGCUGAGCUCUGGCCUGGGAUCCCCAACAGAUAUUGAGGUUGUCAGGGAGGUAACAGCUGCCCUGCAGAGUGUAUUCCCCCGGACAGAGGUGACUACUUUCAUCUCUCUCAGUAAGAAGAACAAGGAGCAACAGCUGAAGAACUUUGCCAUGCUAGUUACAGGAAUUCGUCUGUACAACAAGGAAUGUGGGAGAGGAGGAAGAAGCAUUGAUGACUUGCCAGCCAUUCUGAGUGAAGCCAUUCCGUCGGCGGCACGGGCUGCCGAGGAAGGUCUGAACACUUGCCAUGUGCUGGCCCACCAGUACACAGCUCUCUUGGAGGCCACGCAGGAAGACCAACACAGAUACACACAGCUUGGUCCUUUUAAAUUAAAAGAGGCACUGUUCAAUGUGAGACAAUAUGAGGCCUUCCUUUGCAUCCUUCUGUCUGAUGCGAUUACAAGUGCUCAAGAAGUUGAAAAGAUGAAUGUGCAGUUCACAGCAACAAUGGAGCAGCUGAAAAACACAGUGCAGAAUAAAGUUGCCAUAGAUACCAAGGAAGUUUUUCCUCUCUUCAUUGCACUUUCUAACCUCUGGACCAGCUUUCAGGAUGAGAUGCUGCUGUUAAGCUUCCUCACAAAUAUGAUUAACAAUCUGCAACAGUUCUCAGAAAUCCAGUCACAGCUUUUUCCUGAGGAAGUGCUAACAUCUCUUCUGGAAGGAGUGACUGUGAAAAGUGAUGAGGAAAGGAUAAGAGAAACCAUGGGAACCAGAGUGAAUGCUUCUGAUUUCAAGAACCAAGAAUGGUUUUAUCCAGAGACUACUGAUAAUUUUGAUCAGUUGCUAAUCCAGUACCAUGGUUUCUGUGCACAUGCAAUUGGUGUGAAAGGCCUCACCCUCCCAG